AUGCGACCUCUAAUUCUAGUCGAUGGUACAACUCUGAAAUUCAAAUACCAAGGGAAAUUGAUUAUUGCUAUAUGUCAAGAUGCCAACACCCAAAUUUACCCUCUUGCAUUCGACAUAGUUGAUAACGAGAAUGAUCUGUCGAUGCAUUGGUUCUUCGCAAAGCUCGGGGAAGUAAUUGGGAAAGUCGAUGACCUUGCAUUUGUAACUGAUCGGGGACAAUCUAUAAUAAAUGGUAUUGCUGAAGUUUUUCCUGAUGCACAUCAUGGGUAUUGCAUAUACUAUAUACAAGGCAACUUGAAAACCAGGUAUCGGGGUAAAGACAUCGUUUUACUGUUCAGGAGAGUGACGGAAGCUUACAGUAUUGAAGAGUGUAAUAUGUACAUGGUUGAAAUAGGAAGCAAAUCAUUCCCGGCAUGGGACUAUCUAGCGAUAAUGGGGAUUGAACAUUGGGUGCGCUCAUAUUUUCCAGGACGUCGAUACAACAUGAUAACGUCAAACAACGCGAAGUCUCUCAAUGUAUUAUUCAAGAGGGAUCGAGAGUUACCCAUUCUCGCACUGAUUGAGAAUAUUCGUACGAAGUUGCAGCACGUGCUAGCCCCAGCGCAAGAGGAAAAGCUUUUCAAGGCUGCAGAGGCUGCGAGAAAGUUAAAUGUCGAACCACUAGACAAGUCGCGCUUCUCUGUGGAAUGUGCACGUAAUACGACAUCCAUGGUAGAUUUGACUGAUGGAACAUGCACUUGUAAACAAUUUCAGUUAGAGAGUUUUCCAUGUGAGCAUGUAGCUGCGGUGGCUAUGUAUCGAGGAUUUGCAGCGAGAACAUUGUGCUCUCCUUAUUACAUUGCUGAAAACUGGAGAGCUGCGUAUACUGAAAUUAUAUUUCCUCUUCCAAACGAAGUUUUUUGA